AUGACGAUGAAGAGAUACUUCACAUCGCUGGCAAGAAAGAUCCAUCCGCCGCUGCCCAAGACCUCCCGCGAGUCCCAGCAGCUGCUCAACCUGCUGACCUCGUCCUUCCGGCGGCAUCUCGACAGCAGACACCCCCCCGUCAGCUCGCUGGACAGCAGCAGCAGCCCGCCAGACGAGGCCGGCAAAGCAGGUGGGAAGAACAGCAAGGCCGAUGCCCGGCCUACCGCUACGGAGAGACAUCUAAACUCGAUUCUCGAGCAUCCCUUGUUCAAUACGGUGCCGUCGACGCUGGGAGCCCGGGAUAUACGGAACGGGAAGCAGAUACAAGAUGACCCCUUCGGAGCAUUGGACGAUGCCAUGGUCUCCGGAAGGGCAGACAGUCAGUUGCUGCAUGACUGUCUCAAGGCUCACAGGUCGUCCCUGCGUAGCAUGGCCGAUGGAGAGGCGCUUAAGGUGAUGAAGAAGUCUGGAGGUGGUUCACGCAUCGUCUCCUGGUUCACGGCUGCGGAUAGUGAGUCCAAGAAGCGAUUCUUUGGCAAUAGGCACACCAUGGCGCUGGCAAUGCCCUAUCUGGCUGUUGAGAGACGCCAGCGUACCGUGAUGGACUGGCUACAGCUUGCUAGAGCCUACCGUCCCGCCCACAGACAGCCAAAGCACGCGGACGACGGGAGCUUCCUCGAGUUCAACAUCAUGUACGAGUACGUUGCUGCGGAAGUCAAGUACGGCAGAGGCGGCAUCAACGAUGCCCUUGCUUUCUUCAUACGAGCCUCAGAUGCCUCCUGGAGAUGCGAGAUAGUCGAGCCAGGCAGCCAUGCAGUGCCUACAUACCCUUUCCGUCCCACGGCGUACUACCUUGCCCAGUGGAUUUCAGCUCCAGAGCAUGCCUCGGCUGUAGAAAACAUCCGGCCGGAGCUGUUCAACGCUUUCUAUUCCAUUUGUCUAUUACUUCCGAACCAGCUCUGGGCCGCCUUCUUGCCGGUUUAUCACCCUACUGAACCUAAUGUCACGUCCUCACUUGGAUAUAUCCGGAACUAUAAAAGGUCGGAUCGUGAUAACAUCGAACGUUUGCUCCAUCUUUCGUUCCGGCUGGCUUCGUUGUGCCUUGAGCAGAAACAAUACGCUGCUGCAUCAGAAGUGAUCAGCUUUACCAAGGACCUCCUACCAGAUGAUACGGCAACCCAGUCUACCAAAAAGCAGCGGCAGCAGAAACAACAAAGCCACCGAGAGGUUUCAGCCAGUGAUCUUAUUUCCAGUUUAUCGUUUACUUGA